CUUCUUCUCGAGAUGGACGAGGCUGGUGAUAUCCUCACGCCACAGCAAUGCUCAGUUCGCGGUUGUUCCAAGGUUGUCGAGGUCCCUACAGACCCAUUAGCCAGGAAACCACCCAAAAUGUGUCUCAACUGUCGGGGUAAACAUCGACAAUACGCCGAUUCCAAAAGAGCGCGUAGGAAGGCAGAAAAGGCGCUGAUCGUGGGUCUUUCAGAUGGAAGUCUACCCCUUGAGCCGACGCCCACGAAACCAGCCAAGACGCUUCUCGAGCAAUAUCCAGAGCUUUUGGCGUCUUUGACAUUAGCUGAACGCGCCAAACCGAAGAGAGUCAAUAAGACUGCGAUUGUACCCGCAAGUCCUUCUACGACUUCUGAAUGGCCUAUUCUUUACAAUCCGUCAUCGAGCUCGACAUUAGCGGGUGCUUUAGGAGAACCAACACCUCCACCCAUCCCUCAACUUCCUCUGCCGCCCGUAGAGACGUCGGCAGACGAAAAGCCGCGUUAUUGUUCGGUCAAGGGUUGCAAAGUCAUCAUAGUCGAGUCCAUUGUGACUUAUCCGUACAAAAUGUGCCAAUCCUGUCGAAACAGAUAUAGAGUUUAUGGGGUCACCAAACGGAAGAAAUCCAAAACCGCUCGGGCAGAACAUGAUAGAGAACUCAAACAACUACUUGACAAGGAAGACGAGCGUCGUGCUAAUGAAGGUCUUGCCCCGCUUACAGAGUGCCCCGAAGAACUGGAAGCAUAUCAACAAGCUCUUGUUGACGCACAAUCUGCGCUCCCUCUUCCCCAUCAAGCUCUGACCCAUGGCAAGCCUCAAGUAAUCAUGCCUCCCCCCGAUCCACGUUUUGUGCGUCCAACAUUAGCCAGUUCCUCCUCUUCGCCCCUGCGUGUCUGCAGCGUCUCCCAUUGCCACAAGAUUCUAUUGGGGUCUUACCGUUUCAAGAGAUGCGAAGUACACCGCCAGCAGAACCGAAUGCAUAGUUUCAUUAAGAGAGGGCGAGAAUUGAUUCAGAAGGGCAUCCUGGCUGAGGAUGGCACUGUGCUCAUCCAGCCUGGUCCUAUAAAAGCGCCUAAAUCGAGCAAGGGCAAAGAGAGGGCCAACUCUGAAGCGCUUCCAGCGACGUCUGUUGAAGAUGACGAUGAUAACCAAGUUAUCCAACCCACCCCAAUCUCUAAGCGUAAUACCAAGUCGAACAAGGAUCCCGCGAUUUGCAAACAAGACGGUUGCUGCAACUUGAUCAUGCCAGGCACUCGCUGGAGGACGUGUACCAAUUGUAAAGCCAAAUGGAAUGGCUCAAGGUCGGCGCCAAGCGUCUCUACGGAUACUUCUGAAAUUAUACUCGAAAACCCUGCGGCAUCUGAGGCUAGCUUCCAGAUUCAAUCACCGCCAUUGUCGCCUAACCAUUCCACAUCAAUACCAUCGGUCGAUGAAGGGCCGUCUGGAAACCGAUCCUGGACGGUCCAAACACCAGAAACAAGGACAGCAGUGCCCAUAGCGGCGUCUCCCCUUCAUUAUCAACACACUCAGCUACCGCCCUCCACUCCAUUCUAUCCAUUCCUACCAUCGCCUUUCCUCCCUGCUCAACAAGCAAUGGUUCUCGUCCCUGUCUCGGUCCCAAGGAUUCCCAAUUAUUCCCACGGCCCACCGCCUGUUCAGUACUACACGUUGACCCCAGCUCCAGCAGGCUAUCUCCCUCAACCUCAACCAUCAUCAUCACAAACUGAGCCGACCCCCACCAUGUCUGUUUCCGCUUCAGCCCCAGCUCACCCCCCAGUGACAGAAGCAACGCCAGAUCGCAAGACCGUUUUUGUUCCUCAGUCACAUCCACCCCCUCCCAAUAUCCCUGGCAGACCUUACUCGCGAACCAGCAAUGAAUACGUGCACUAUCAGUUUGAAAACGGCCAGCCAGUGAAAAAACGUAGAUUCAGUGCCGAACAGUCAGAAGAACAAGGUCCAGACAUUUCCGGACCAGCGGGUGGUAUCAUCGAUUUCACUACCAAUGAAGACGUCGUCGCACAGCGGCGAUGCGGGAAUCAUAGUUGUCAUCGAAUUCUUCCUAUUGGUGCUGCCAGCUCUUUGUGCGAUAAGUGUCGUUCAAGGAUGAAGAAGCGGCAAGCGGUGACCAAACAGAGAUUUCGCCUGGAGCCAAAGAAAGUCCCGCAAGCUGCCGUCUCGUCAUCGACUUAG